AUGUAUGGUGUUAAGUUUGCUGUUAUUUGUGAGCCCAAAACUGAUGUGUCUAAGAUUGACUUCAUUCGUAUGCGUCUAGCAUUUGAUUCAGUUAUUAAAAAUUUGUCGGGCGACAACUGGGUUUGUUAUUGCACUCCUUUUAGUUAUUCAGUUGUAGGUAAUUCAAGUCAGCAUAUUUCCCUAUCUAUUCAGCAUCCCUUGCUUCCUGGUCCUGUUAUCUUCUCAUUUGUUCAUGCCAAAUGUUCUUUGGACAAGCGAAGAGAACUAUGGCAGAAUCUUCUUGUUGAUAAGCCUAGAUCCCUUCCAUGGUGUAUUGGAAGGGAUUUUAAUGUCAUUAUGGCCCCCCAUGAAAAGCGUGGAGGGCGGUCGGUUGGUGUUCAGGAGGGAGUAGAGCUUAUGUCUUUUAUGGAGGCGGCUGGUGUUUUUGAUGUGGGUUUUUCGGGAGCCAACUUUAUGUGGUGCAACAAUAGGAGAGGCAGAGCUAAAAUUUUGAAGCGAUUGGAUAGAGUGCUAAUCAAUGGGGAAUGCGCUAAGGUCUUUUCCAUUGUAUCGGUUGAGCAUUUAGCAAGAAAUCCAUCAGAUCAUGCACCUCUACAGAUAUCUUUUGCUACUCGCUUAGACAACAAACUGAGGCCGUUUCGGUUCUUGGAUGUUUGGACGUCUAAGGCAGACUUGUUGGAAGUAAUUAGAGGAGCUUGGGAUAGACCAGUGAAUGGAGCCCCAUUGCGUGUCUUGUGCUUAAAACUAAUGGCGACAAGAAGGGCUAUCCAAGAGUGGAACAAGCACAUUUUUGGCAAUAUCUUUGAUGCAGUUCAGGUGGCAGAGGCUGCGGUUCGAAGGGUUGAAAUAGAGGUGGAGGGCAACACCUCUGAGGUGGCGCAAGGUGGACUUUAUAAGGCUCAGGCGGACCUAAGCCAAGCGCUGUUCAUUGAGGAGCAAUUUUGGAGUCAAAAGGCUCGAGUGAGGUGGCUUCAUAGUGGGGAUCAGAAUUCUAAGUUUUUUCAUGUGGUGGUGAAGCAAAGAAGGGUUCAGAGCGCCUAUCGGAUUAAAGAUUCGCAGGGUUCCUGGGUGGAGAAGGAUGAGGACGUAGCAAACGAGGCGAUUGCAUUCUUCUCGGACCGAUUUUCUGAACCUACUGGCCCUGUACCGGAUAUGCUGCACUUGAUUUCCCGUUUGAUAAUGGAGGAGGAGAAUAAGACCUUGAAGGAAGUCCCAUCCAUAGAGGAGGCUCAACGAGUGAUUUUUGCAAUGGACAGGGAGAGUACUGCGGGACUGGAUGAACUCACGGGUAAGUUCUUCACAUUCUCUUAG